AUGGCGAAUGAUGGCGGUAACAUCCUGUUCCGCCAACCUUCGCUCACUAUCGUCAUCUCAGAGAACAGCAUCCUCAUCACCGUGAUCAUCGAUGUUGUUGGUGGACAUUUCUUUUUCCAGGUGCCGGACAUUGUUCGUUCGAUUUCCGCUAGCCGCAUCCUAGCUUUACGUCAACAAACUCAAGUGCUUUGGGAGCGUUAUUUUAGUUCCAUCGAGAAAAUAGUUUUUACCACGUUCGAGAUAAUUAGAGAAAGACUGCCAGAUUAUCCCCAUCGAAACGGGCUGAUCUGGAACCAAUCGCCGGGCGCACUUCUGACGGUGCCGACCUUCUCGGACAGCGUCGUCCGGUUUCCGUUCCUGCUGGACCAGCUGGGAGCCCGGCCGGGACCGAACUACACCGCGGUCAUCUUCGUGCAGAUUGGGGCACCCCUAACGCCGGCCACCGCCCUCUAUAAGCUAGUCAAAUCCAUCACCAAAAGCCAAUUUGUAGAUAAGAUUGUUAUCCUGUGGGCCUGUGACCGAGCGCCCCCGGCCCGAAAGCGAUGGCCCUCGACGGGUCACAUCGGGCUGCACGUGAUAGCCGGUGGGUCCAGCGAAGACCGGCCUAGCAUAUCCCAAAGAUUUUUCCCGCACGAGCACAUCGAAACGGAUGCGGUCCUGUCGCUGGAUGAGGAUGCCAUCCUCAACACCGACGAGCUGGACUUUGCCUACCAGGUGUGGCAGGACUUUCCGGAUCGGAUCGUCGGUUAUCCGGCGAGGGCCCACUUUUGGGAUGAUUCCAAGAAUGCUUGGGGCUACACGUCCAAAUGGACAAACUACUACUCGAUAGUGCUAACGGGGGCAGCUUUCUAUCAUCGGUACUACAACUAUCUGUAUACCAAUUGGUUGUCCUACCUGUUGCUUAAGACGGUGCAGCAAUCGUCCAACUGUGAGGACAUCCUGAUGAAUUUGCUAGUGUCGCACGUGACGCGGAAACCUCCGAUCAAAGUCACGCAGCGGAAGGGCUACAAGGAUCGCGAAAGUGGGAGAUCCCCAUGGAACGAUCCGGACCACUUCAUUCAGCGGCAAAGCUGUCUGAACACGUUUGCCGCAGUCUUCGGCUACAUGCCGCUACUCCGGUCCAACCUCCGACUAGAUCCGGUCCUGUAUCGCGAUUCCGUUUCGAAUCUGAGGAAAAAGUACCGUCAAAUCGAACUGGUCGGCAGCUAGCGAUUGGUGUACAUCUACUAAGAUAGGACGGACUCAACAACUCAAACCAAUUUCAACUCAACUCAACUCAACUCAACGUAACUAAACUGAUGGUUGGCCAAAGCUAGAAGUCUCUAAUGCUUAAUCUAAUCAAAUCAACUCAAGAAAGAGCAGAUGUGUUCUACUAGAAGAAUUUUAAAAUUCCAAACCCGGUUUGAUUGGGUGCUUCAGGGUUGGCCAACUAGCCGACUGACUAAAUGGAGGACAAAGACUCGACGACUCGAAACAGAUAGCCAGGACGAUCUUCUUCGUUUUCGGGAGAAGAGAUUUUUUUAAGGAAACUUUUUUUUUUCAAUCAUGAAAGUAGAAAAAAAGUAGAGAUUCUCUUUUUUUAUUAGUGUUUUUAUUUUAUUUUUGUAACUAGCAAUUGUUAGGAUGUUUUUUUUAAAUAAUACCAAUAGACGAAGGUCAGUUGAAGAAAGGAACUGAAAAUAUCAAAUUAAGCAAACAACAAAAGAAAAACAUCAUGUACAGACUAGAUCAAUUAUGAAAAAAGCAAAACGGAAAAUCGGUUGUUAUUUCGAAAAAUUAGUUAAACAAAUACUUAGGUAUAUAUACAAACAAAUGUAUAGAACCAAAAGCUUGUAAAUAUCAUCGUUAGGGGGUUCAAUACGUCAAAAAAACAAGAAACAAAAAACAAAAUUUGCUAAAAUAUCAAAACAACACAUUCACUAGUCGCAUUUUACUCGUUAGUGCGAUAAGUAGGACGAAACAAAACAAAAAAAAGUUUAGAAAAUAGGCUGAAAAGGUGUGGAAUUGCGACUAACUGAUAUGAUGCGUAUUAGUUACAAUUUCAAUUAAGAGGGGGAAAAAACCCGUCAAAUCAUAGUGGUUUUUUAAAGUUCGGUCUAAGCUUAGGUCAAACAUUGUGUAGCUAAGAUAAAAUAUUGAAAGAGAUUUUACGAUUGGGUUGGAGGUGAUUGGUUUGUGAGGAAAAAAACACGUGAAACUAUGAAGUCAAAUGCAGAAUCAAACACAACAAACGUCAAGCAAUUGAAAUGCAUUCGUAAUCGAAUUGUGCCAGGUUAAAGUUUUAAGAACAGAGGAAAAAAAGAACAAAGUUUUGCAUAGCGAAAACAAUGCGUAGCAUUUAUCAAAAGUUUUAUAUUCGUAAUUUUGUAUUAGGAAAAAGUGUAUUUUUAUCGAGCAAUUGGCAAUCUUUCCGAUUUUAAACUGAAACUUCUUUUUCCUAAACUCUAAAGUUAAGAGGGGUUUCGAGCGUUCAACUUUUUGCUACCUGAAAGUUUUAUUUAAGGGGGGGUAGGGUCUAACACUUUCAAAAAAUCGAUUUUUUUAUUUUUUUAUUUUCUUAUUGUAAAACAUUUCAAGAAUGUUGUGUCAAAUUUUCAAGUCAAUUGAAGCAAAACUGUAGAAGUUAUAGGCCUUUAUCUCCUCCUAUCUAAUACUGCAAGAAAGCAAGAGCAGAAACUUCAAAUGCGUUUUUCUCGAAAGCACAUAUUUAAAGUCCGUGGACAUCGUCAUUUGAAAACUACUUAUCCGAUUCUUUUCAAAUUUGGAACAUAUUUUUUACGUAUAAAAUACCAGACCCCAACGUUUUUCUUUUUUGUUUUUUUUUUUUACUUUGGGGAGAUUUUACAGGUGAAAAAUGGUGGAUUUUUUCGUGAAAAAUCGUAGUUUUUACUUCAAACAGCCACAAAAAUUUCAUAAAAUUUUUUUUAAGUUAAAUAAAAACGUUGGGGUCCAGAAAAACAUCUAUUAAAAAUAUUUUGCUCUGCUUUUUUGACUUCAGAUGAUUCUGUGCUGAGAUACAGUGUCCACCGCAAAUCCUGUUUUCUAAAAAGCAUCCUCGAAAAUGCUCCGUCACCGGCUCAUUUUUCAAUAUUUUUCUACGAAAAAAUUACUAAAUGUUCUUUUAACAAUGCUUUUUAUAAUGCAAAAAAUUUGAAUACAUUUGUUUGAACGAUAGCUCUAGAAAAAAAUAAAAAAAUCGUGAAAAUGGUGUUUUUUUAUUCCCGUUAGACCCUACCCCCCCCCCCCCCCCUUAAGGAAGAACCAUAUGUUUUUAAAAACAAUCAUUUGUUGCUAGAAAUAGAAUAUUUUUUUAUUCCUAUUUUAAACUUUUCAAAUCGUAAAAUGUUAAAUUUGAACUAAUUAUGCAAUUUUUAUUUCCCGACGGUUAAUUUUUUUUUUCCAAAAUAAAUAUGACAAUUUUGACAAGUCGAUUUUAAAUUUUUCUUUUUUUAAUUUUGCCAGUUUAAGUAGUUGAGAAAAUAUUCGAUCACUUUGAGAAUUUUGCCAGUUUUGACAAUUUGACCAUAAGAAAAUUUGAAUGAAUUCAAUAAUUCGGUACGUAUUUUUGAUAAUUUUGACAAAAACUUGAACUGGUAAUAUCGUCAACAUUAUCAGAAUGGCCAAAUUGGAAAAAUUUCAACUGUGCCAAAAUAGUCCAAAUUCACACAAAAUUUCAAAUUCGUUAGAAAAAUCAUAAUUUACAAAACUUUCAAAAUAGUAAAUCAUCUUAAAUCAUUCCAAUUUUGAACAAUUUUUUUUCAAUAUUUUCAUAAUAAUCAAAAUUAUCGAAAAAAAUUGCAAUUGUAAGCAUUUUUAAAAUUGUCGAAAUUGUCAAAAUGAUUAAUUUUUAAACAAUUUUGUAAAAUUUGAACAAUUUAACUAAUUUUGUAAGUGUGUUUUUCAAAUUGAUGAACUUUCCAAAAUUAACAAUAUUUCUUACACUGGAAAAUAAAAUGCCAGCAUUGACAAAACUGACAAUAUUGAUAGAAUUGGAAAAAAUAGAGAGUUUUGACAAUUUUUUAAUAUUUGUAUAAUUUUGAUUAUUUCGACAUACAUACACAUAAUAUAUAAACAAUUUUGACUAUUUGACAAUUUGGAACUUUUGAUCCUUUUGA